AUGUUCGGACGCACCAACGAUCCACUCAUCCUCUCCCCACUCGAGCAAGCCGGCCACCGAGGAUACGCGAGGCCAAUCCUUUGCUUUGCCCUCAACCCGAGUUACGUCCAAGAUGAGGUCGUUCGGAUCCUGCAAGAAGGCCUGUCCAUGACCAAAGAGCAGGUGCCCUACCUCGCGGCAGAGGUGGUGCCCGACGACGACCCCGAGGCCGAUCAGAAGGGCUGCCUCGGGCUACAAGAAACUGCCGAUUUAGGCGAGCUGCGCGUCAAAAGACUAGACAAGACCGAGUUCCCCCUCACCUACGACGAGUUCCGAGCGAAGAACUUCCCAAUCGACCUCCUGCUGCAGGACGUCUUCAGCCCUCUGCCCAUCUUCCCCACCCCGGGGGAUCGCGUCCCCGUCUUCGCGGCUCAAGCCAACUUCAUCGAGGGCGGCUUGCUCCUCAGCAUCUGCAGCUACCACCUCGUUGCCGACGGCUUCUCGAUAGCAAAGUACCUCCAGCUCUGGGCGCAGAACUGCCGCAAGGUGCACACGAGCUCCGACGGCGGCAGCGGCGACACCGUCUUCCUCUCCUCAUCCGCCUUCGACCGCGCGCCGCUGUUGUACGGCCACCUGUCGGACCCGAACAAAUGCGACAUAAAACACCAUCCGGAGCUCGUCCUCAACGACACGCCGCUGCCGCAGACCGAACGCAUACCCUCGAUCCAGCGCCGCUUCCGCGCACGCAUCUGGCACUUCACGCCCGACGCCAUCGCGCGGCUGCGCGCCGACGCCACCGCCCCAGGCCAGCGACGGGUCAGCAUGGAAGAAGCGGUUUCGGCGCUGCUCUGGCGCUGCACCGUCGCCGCCCAGAUCCCCAGCGACGCGCCUCUGCCACAAGACUCGAUCGCCACCCUCGCCGUCCCCAGCCGCUCCCGCACCUUCCCGCACCUGGCGCCCGACUACAUGGGCUGCCCCCUCGUCUACGCAUCCGCCGUCGUGCCCCUCGGCGACAUCCUCAACGUCAGCGGCGACGACGACGACCGCGAGGCCGCCAUCCUGCAGAUGCUCGCGACCACGGUCAAGGCCGAGAUCGACAGCGUCACCGCCCAUCGCGUCGCCACGCUCGUCAACACGCUGCAGUCGCCCAGCAUGCCCGAUUACCAGCGGCUGGCGCCCGUCUCGUGGGCCGGGCUGGGGAAGAAUAGCGUUUUCAUUUCAAAGUGGAACGACUUUCCGUUUUACGAUGCGGACUGGGGUGUGGCGUUUAACGGCAGCGGCAGCAGCCAGGUGAAUGGGGAGAAGAACGGAAGUGGUGUUGGUGGUGGCGGUUACUGCGAGCGCGUGCGCACGGUUUCGGAGGGCGUGCUGAAUGGCGUUCAGAUGAUCUUGCCGCCUGUACCGAGGGGGACGGGCGUCGAUGGCAAGGACGGCGUCGAGGUUUUGAUGGCCAUGGAGGAGGGGAGGUCGUCGGAGGCGCUGGCGAGUAAUCCUGUUUGGUUGAAGUAUGCUUUACCGGCUUAG